AUGCUGGACCCCAAGGACUGUGGAGUGACAAUGACGUCCACUCAUAAGAUUUCCUUUUCUAUUAUCGAUAUAUUGGAUCCGAACAAAUUCAACAGCAAACGCGUAAACGAACUUUCCCUCGUGGAGGAGAAGUUUCCUGCGCAAAAUACAGAGGGAGCAAGUGUGGAGUCGGACAACAGCGGAGCAGGCGGAGACUUGAGAGCUGAGCGCACGAAAGCAGGGGAAGAACAAGGAGAUGAACCCUCUCCAGCCUCAAGGCAUCAUGCUGUUGUCACCAACCCCCUUCUGCUCUCAACACAAGCUGAACCAGAGUCCUGUCUCCCGGGGGAUCAGGACGAUGAGGAGUCAGUGGUCACCCUGCAGGACCCUCCCCCACACAAACGACGGCGACAGGACCAGGCCUGUGCCAAACCCAGGCGCGCCAGAACCGCCUUCACCUACGAGCAACUUGUUGCCCUGGAAAACAAAUUCCGCACAACUCGGUACCUGUCCGUGUGCGAGAGACUCAACCUGGCGCUGUCUCUGAGUCUGACCGAGACGCAGGUGAAAAUUUGGUUUCAGAACAGGAGAACCAAAUGGAAAAAACAGAACCCCGGGGCGGACAGCACCUUGCAGCCCGGCGGAUCCAACCCUCUGGUCAACCUCAGUCCAAACCCGCCCACAUGUGUGUCAAGCCCAUCCAGCUAUCAUCAAACUUUCCCCAACUUCAGUUCUGGGAAUGUGAUCUUCCACACAGCCGGUGCAGUUCCACUUUCAUCCACUGGAGGGCUCCUGCAUCCCUUUAUAUCCAGUGGUUUCAUCCAGCCAACUUAUUUUAAUCCACAUCUAUGA